AUGUUCGAACGUCUCAAGUUCUGGAAGCCACGUAAACCAGUUUUACUUGCACGUCAAGUAUUCGUCAACGAGCCUUUGCCACCCAGUCAACUAGACAAAAAAGGAAAUCCUAAGCAAACCUACACUACAAAUAAAGUCACAACUUCUAAAUAUACUCUUUUGACCUUUAUACCGAAAAACUUGUAUGAACAAUUUCGUCGUGUUGCAAACUUUUUCUUUUUGCUGCUGGUCAUAUUACAAUGGUUUCCGGAAUUUGCCACCAUUAACCCCGUGGUGUCAGCCCUGCCGAUGUUCAUAAUAAUGGGUAUAACAACCAUAAAAGAUGGAUUUGAAGACUUCAAACGGCAUGUGACCGAUAGAUCUGUAAACAAUCGAAAGACUUGGACCCUUGGGAAUUGGUCAAAUGUCAACUAUCCUGAUAGAGUCUCCAGCUUUUUCAAUAUAUUUAAUAGAUUUAACAAAUCGACUGUGAAAAAGCCAAAAAGUAAUGGUGUGGAUUGGCAACAAACCAUGUUCAAGGAUGUUCGUGUUGGUGACUUUAUCAAGUUAUAUAAUGAUGAUUUCAUCCCAGCUGAUAUUCUCAUCCUUUCAACCUCGGAACCGAAUUCUCUUUGUUACGUGGAGACCAAGAAUCUGGACGGCGAAACAAAUCUCAAGAUACGAACCGGCAUAUCGGAAAUCGACUACUUAACGACGCCAAAAGAUUGUACAUCCGUUCAUUUUUAUGUAGAUUCGGAGCAACCGACAACAAGCUUAUUUAGUUAUAACGCCACCGUAGUUUUUCCUCACGGCCUGCCUAAUCGUUCAGGCGCUCGCAGAGGGUUGAAAAAGAUUCCGGUUAAUCUUAAUUCGAUGCUCCUGAGAGGUUGUGUGUUGAAAAAUACAGAAUGGGUAAUUGGGUUAGUUGUGUUCACCGGCGCUGACACAAAGCUUUCGUUAAACUCUGGUAAAACGCCAUCAAAAAGGAGUCGCAUUGAAAAAUUAAUGAAUCCUCAAGUCCUUGUCAACCUGUUACUUCUGAUAAUGUUUUGCCUUUGGUGUUCAAUUGGAAGCAAGAUAUGGGCAACAAAAUUCCAUGAUUAUAUUUCUUACCUCAAAUUUGAAAAUGUUGAUCUUGACGCCUUUGAUACAUUCUGGAAUGCGUUAAUCACUUUCCAAAAUAUCGUCCCUAUUUCUCUGUAUCUGUCGAUCGAGUUUGUCAAGAGUGUUCAAGCAUUCUUCAUUUUUAUGGACGAAGAGAUUCGCUAUGCCGAAACUGAUACCCCUUGUAUUCCAAAGAAUUGGAAUCUAUCCGAUGAUUUAGGUCAGGUGGAAUAUAUAUUCUCCGAUAAAACCGGUACUCUAACUCGUAACGUGAUGGAAUUUCGUAAAUGCUCAAUUGGUGGGAAAAUUUACGGAAGUUAUUCAGAGAAUGACGACAAAGGUGAUAAUGCAUUAUCAACAUAUAUAAAAUUGGAAUUUUCAAUAAUUAACCGAGCAUCUCAACUACUUCCAGAAUUACCUGAUAAUGACCUUAAGAAAUCCGGUAAGCACACAAAGAAACCUUUUUUCGACAGGGAGCUUUCUCUAGAUAUGCAAUCCACAGACCAAAACCGAUCUGGUGCCAUCAGAGAUUUUUUCACACUGCUGGCCAUAUGUCAUACCGUUCUUGUAAACACCAAUGCUGACGGUGAACAGGUCUACAAAGCACAGUCUCCAGACGAAGCGGCACUCGUGCAAGCUGCAAAGGACGUCGGUUACACCUUUCGUUCCCGCGAGAAUGAUCAUAUCGUUAUAACCACACCGGAAGGUGAAGAAGUUCGAUUCGAGUUGUUGAAUAUUCUGGAGUUUACAAGUACGAGAAAGAGGAUGAGUAUUAUCGUACGAUCACCUACGGAUGGACGUAUCAUUUUAUUUUGUAAGGGAGCAGACAACGUCAUUUUUGAAAGGCUUAAGAGUGGACAAGAUAAUUUGACGAAUGUCACGGGCGAAAACUUACAGGAAUUCGCUAGAGAGGGUCUUAGAACACUCUGUAUAGGUUAUGCUGAUAUUACCCCCGAGGUAUAUAAAAAAUGGGACAUCGAGUUUCGUGAAGCUUCAACGGCACUUACAGACCGCGAUCAGAGGGUUGCCGUCGUUUCCGACCAGAUUGAAAAGGACUUAACUCUUCUCGGUGCAACUGCAAUUGAAGACCGCUUACAAGAUGGAGUGCCUGAGUGUAUAGCCACCCUAAAACGUGCUGGAAUUAAAAUUUGGGUCUUGACAGGGGACAAAAUGGAGACAGCUAUUAGCAUUGGUUUCUCUACCUGUCUGUUGGCCAGGGAUAUGAACCUUAUUAUCAUUCGCGGAGGUGCAUACGGAGAAACAGGUAGCGCCUAUGAUCAAAUGCGAAGUGCGGUGGAAAAGUUCUUUCCCACCGACCAAGAAAUUCUGGAAAGUAUGAAAUCAGUACAGGCGCCUCCUGUCACUUCAUUUAAUAACGCACCCCGACCUUCUACAUCACAUGCACGGGAAAUGAGUUUUGGUGCGUCUUCCGUUUAUUCUGGUAUGUCAAGUAAAAAGUAUGGUGAUCAUGCGUUGGUCAUAGAUGGUGUUGCACUCAAGUACGCGUUAGAAGAACCGUGGAGUCGUAAUUUAUUUUUGGAUCUGGCUUGUCGGUGCAAGGGAGUCAUUUGUUGUCGAGUUUCACCUCUGCAAAAAGCCAAAGUCGUAGAGUUGGUUAAGAAAGGAAAGGAAGUUCUCACAUGCGCAAUCGGGGAUGGUGCUAACGAUGUUAGCAUGAUACAGGCUGCGCAUAUUGGCAUUGGUGUCGCCGGGGAGGAAGGGUUACAAGCUGUGAUGGCAUCUGAUUAUGCCAUAGCUCAAUUUAAAUAUCUUACUAGGCUCCUAUUGGUUCAUGGACAUUAUUCCUACAUUCGGAAUUCUUCCAUGAUUCUCAACUUCUUUUACAAAAACAUGAUCGGUGUGGGCGUUCUAUUUUGGUUCCAAUUCUAUUGUGGUUACUCUACAACAAUCAUAUUCGAGUACACAUAUCUUUUAUUUUGGAAUUUAUUUUUCACUUGUAUCGCCGUCCUAUCCAUAGGGCUAUUUGAUCGAGAUGUGCCUGAUAGAGUAGCAACCGAAGUUCCAGAAUUGUAUCAAAUGGGAAUUAAGCAAAAAGCAUACACUAUGCCUAUGUUUUUCGUUUUUAUGAUGGAAGGCAUAUAUCAAUCAUUAGUAUGCUUCUUCGUUCCGUAUCUUGCUUAUGGAAAUGUGAGUUCCAACAACCACGGACGCCAACCAGAUUACCUCGAAUUAGGUACAACGAUGGCCGUCGCGUGUAUUGCGAUGGCCAAUUUCUUUACAGGAUUCAAUUCCCAAUGCUGGACAGUGUUUCACUAUAUAUCCGUGUUUGGAUCUACCGCGUUGAUAUUUAUUUACAUUUCGAUUUAUAGUUUAAUACCAAUGGUAGAUGUUUAUGGUUAUUACGAGGUAAUAUACGCCUCGGGAGUAUUUUGGUUUUGCCUUUUCAUUAUCAUAUUGCUAUGCAUGCUUCCGAGAUAUCUGUGGAAAUUCUUUCAAAGAAAUUAUUUCCCUACGGAUGUUGACAUUAUACAAGAAAUAUGCAAGAAGGACCCACACCAUGAUUUUAUUCACGACAUCUUGGUUAAUCCAAGCCUGGGUCUUACUAGACAACUAACACGUGAUUCAAAAUAUUCGCGUUAUGAAACGUUGGAAACCACCUUCACCAUCCCUCGCACCGAAUCACCGCGUACCAGCCUCACGGUCGAUCGAAUGGCUCAGCAACCUCAGCAAAUUAUAUUACCGUCACUAGCUCGAAUAUCAACGGAUUAUCAAUUGAAUGUAAACAAUGAGGUACCAGAAACGCCGGGUAGCAUGACAUUCAUGCAAACGGGAUUGACUGAACUCGUGAGAGGUUACGCUUUUUCACAGGAGGAAGGCACCGGACGGAUCAUGGCACCACCCCUACGUCGUCGCAAAACCAAUCCUGAUUCUCUUAAUUCUACGAGUAAGAGAGAUACUGGAACAGAUACUUUACGUCGUAGGAGUUUACCGGAGGUUGGUGUCUCUGGAGAUUUCUUAGAGGGAAUCUGUAGGAGGCAUGAGCGCAUCGAGUGCUACGCCAUCGAGAAUGAGCGAGUAUAA